AUGGAGAUGGACACAUGUGAGGUCUACACUGCAGCCUGGCUGUGGGUGUCCUCACUGGUGCCCUCCUUCCUGGGCCUGCUGACGGCCGUGGGUCUGCUGGGGAACCUCCUGGUGCUCCUGGUCUUCUGCCUCCAGAGGAAGCCCUGCAGCGUGGCUGACAUCUACCUGGGGAACCUGGCUCUGGCCGACCUCAUUCUGAUGACCUUCCUCCCCUUUUGGGCACUCACCAUCGCCCGCGGGUACCAAUGGGACUUUGGAGAAUUCCUCUGCAAAGUGGUCAACGUCUCCAUCUCCAUGAACUACAUCUGCAGCAUCUUCUUCCUGACUUUGAUCUGUCUCGACCGCUACAUGGCCCUUGUCAAACCGAUGAGCGUAAGUCUAUUUCGAAGGCGUUCUUGGGCAAAACGUUUCUGCUUGGGCAUCUGGAUUCUAGGUUUCAUUUUCACUCUACCCAUUAUGAUAUUCCGCACUGUAAGAUACGUGGAAGAGCCCGGAGUUGAGGCGUGUAUCCUGGCCUACCCUGACCCAAAGUGGAGGGUGUACCACAACAUUGCCAGGAACGUCUUUUUCUUCGUACUUCCUGUGCUGUUGAUGGCGUAUUGCACUAAACACAUUGUUGCUUCUCUGAACGAUGGAGGGAUGGUUGGUCCACCCAGUCUAAGAGCGGAGAAGAAAGCUACGUACCUGGUUCUGGCAGUGUUGGUGGUCUUCUUGGUCUGUUGGGGUCCACACCAGCUCAUGCGCUUCCUGGACACUCUGGAUUACUUCGAAUUGACGCCUUGGUGUCUUUGGGGUCAUAUUUUGGACAUAGGUAUUCAGUUGUCGACGUAUCUGGCGUACAGUAACAGUGCAAUUAACCCCAUGCUCUUAGUGAUAGUGGGGAGAGACUUCAGGAAGAGGGCCCAAGAUGUGUGUGGGAGAAGGAUGAAGAACAGAUCUAAAGACUUUCUGUAUUAUACAGUGAGUUACUCCUCUGUGAACAGGAUCAAUGAUGCACAUCGCAUCAGCGUGGACAAGCAGUGUGGAAUCUACACUGUUUCAUAGAACUGGAAAG